AUGUAUCUUCAACUUGAUGUGCCCCACGUGUUCAUAUCAGAUUCAGACAUCCCAUUCACUCUCCCAUUCACUCUCCCAUUCACUCUCCCAUUCACUCUCCCAUUCACUCUCCCAUUCACUCUCCCAUUCACUCUCCCAUUCACUCUCCCAUUCACUCUCCCAUUCACUCUCCCAUUCACUCUCCCAUUCACUCUCCCAUUCACUCUCCCAUUCACUCUCCCAUUCACUCUCCCAUUCACUCUCCCAUUCACUCUCCCAUUCACUCUCCCAUUCACUCUCCCAUUCACUCUCCCACUCACUCUCCCAUUCACUCUCCCAUUCACUCUCCCAUUCACUCUCCCAUUCACUCUCCCAUUCACUCUCCCAUUCACUCUCCCAUUCACUCUCCCAUUCACUCUCCCAUUCACUCUCCCAUUCACUCUCCCAUUCACUCUCCCAUUCACUCUCCCAUUCACUCUCCCAUUCACUCUCCCAUUCACUCUCCCAUUCACUCUCCCAUUCACUCUCCCAUUCACUCUCCCAUUCACUCUCCCAUUCACUCUCCCAUUCACUCUCCCAUUCACUCUCCCAUUCAAUCUUUCCCACUCACUCUCCCAUUCACUCGAGACAGCUUGCUCGGCAGGGGAAGGAAGCGGAAGGCAGGGGAAGAAGCAGCAAGGGAAAGGGGAGGGGUGGAAACAGCAGGGGUUGGUGCGGGUUGGGGGCCACACAGAGGGGCAGAGGAGGGAUUCAGACAGAAGCAGGGAUAGGGAUAAGGAGAAGGAUGGGGGCAGAGGGAGGAGGGAAGGGGGGUCGGAUGGGGAGCAGGAAGAAGUUGGGGCAAGGGGGGCAAGAGGUGGUGGAGAGAAGGAGGGGAGGUUUGAGUUCAUCACCCAGUUUGGAGGGGGUGUGGCGAAGGAUGAGGGUUUUGGAAGGGAGAAGGAGAGGAGGAGAGGAAACGAGGAGGAGAAGAGGAGAGGGUACGGUGGAGAGCGGUUUGAGAGGGGUUUGAGUAGGGAUAUCUCGUGCCACUUGGACUGGACCACUCCUUCCCUCUCCACUUCCUCCCCUCUUCCCCGCAUCCGUCGCUUGCCUGCGCCAUCCACGCUACCUAGAAUGGCAGAGGCGGGCAGGGCAGUGGAGCGAGGGGCGAAAAAGACUGACUACCCAAACCAACUCAAGAAUUACUUCUUUACUUUCCCUCUCCCCGCUUCCUCCCAUCUUCCCCACUGCCGUCGGUUGCUUGCGGGAUCUGAUACAUGCCGCCAUUGUCAGAUAUGGAUGACUGACCCCAAAGUCCGGGCUUGGGAGACGUGA